AUGGCCUCCUGUCCGCUCCUCCUGCUGGGACUCGUCGCCCUCUUCCACGGCUCUGUGUCGGCCGAGCAGCGGAGGAUCCCCGCAGAAAACCUGCUGGUGAUCACCGCGGCAACCGACGAGACGGACGGCUUCAACCGCUUCAUGAGGACGGCCAAGGAGUUCAACUACACCGUCAAGGUCCUGGGUCUGGGUGAGGAGUGGAAGGGGGGGGACGUGGCCCGGACGGUGGGUGGAGGUCAGAAGGUCCGAUGGCUGAAGAAGGAGCUGAUCAAACUGUCCGAGCAGAAGGACACCGUGGUCCUGUUUGUGGACAGUUACGAUGUGAUCUUCGCGUCUGGUCCUGAGGAGCUGCUGCUGAAGUUUUCUCGUCUGGGCCACAGAGUAGUUUUCUCUGCCGAAGGGUUCUGCUGGCCCGACCAGAGACUGGCCUCCAAGUACCCAGAGGUGCAUUCUGGGAAACGCUACCUCAACUCAGGAGGGUUUAUCGGCUUCGCUCCAGAUCUCGCCGCCAUCGUCCAACAGUGGAAAUACAAAGACAACGAUGACGACCAGCUGUUCUACACCCGGAUCUACCUGGACAAGACGCAGAGGACCAAGUUCAACAUGACCCUGGAUCAUCGCUCCAGAAUCUUCCAGAACCUGAAUGGGGCUGUCGAUGAAGUGGUCCUAAAGUUUGAGAGGGCAAAGGUCAGGGCGAGGAACGUGGCCUACGACACACUUCCUGUCAUUAUCCACGGCAACGGACCCACCAAGCUGCAGCUGAACUACCUGGGGAACUACGUCCCCACAGCCUGGACCUAUGAGAACGGCUGUGGAAACUGUGACGAUGACCUGCUGUUUUUCAACGACGUCCCUGAUGCGCAGAUGCCCCUGGUCUACAUGGCCAUCUUCAUCGAACACGCCACGCCCUUCAUGGAGGAGUUCCUGGACCGCCUGGCCACCAUGAACUACCCCAAAGGCCGGAUCCGCCUGUUCAUCCACAACAACGUGGUGUACCACGAGCAGCACAUCCACCAGUUCUGGGAGCGUCACAAAGACCUGUUCCCUGACGCUCAGCUGGUCGGACCAGAGGAGAACCUGCAGGAGGACAAGGCCAGAACCAUGGCAGUCGACGCCUGUAAGAAGGAUCCGGAGUGUGAUUAUUACUUCAGCAUCGACUCGGACGUGGCCUUGGUCAACCCGGACACCCUGAGGAUCCUGAUCGAAGAAAACAAGUCGGUGAUCGCCCCCAUGCUGUCCAGACACGGGAAGCUGUGGAGCAACUUCUGGGGUGCUCUGAGUCCUGAAGGGUACUACUCCAGGUCCGAGGACUACAUCGAGAUCGUCCAGGCCAAAAGGAUUGGUCUGUGGAACGUCCCGUACAUCACUCAGGCCUACCUGAUCAAAGGCAGCGUCCUCAGGUCCAGACUGUCCCAGGUCCAGCUGUACCAGGAUGACGGCCUGGACCCAGACAUGGUCUUCUGCAGGAACGUCAGAGACCAGGGCGUCUUCAUGUUCGUGUCCAAUCGGGACGAGUUUGGACGGUUGGUGUCGUCAGCGAACUUCAACACGUCCAGGCUGCACCCGGACAUGUGGCAGAUCUUUGACAACCCUGUGGACUGGAGGGAGAAGUACAUCCAUGAGAACUACUCCAAGAUCUUUGAGGAUGAGAAGGCGUUUGUGGAGCAGCCGUGUCCAGACGUCUACUGGUUCCCAGCGUUCUCCGACAAGAUGUGUGACCAUUUAGUGGAGACCAUGGAGGACUACGGCCAGUGGUCUGGAGGGUCCCACAAGGAUGAGCGUCUUGCUGGGGGGUAUGAGAACGUCCCCACUGUGGACAUCCACAUGAACCAGAUCGGUUUUGAGAAGGAGUGGCUCAAGUUCCUGAAGGACUUCAUCUCCCCGGUGACGGAGAAGCUCUACCCCGGGUACUACCCCAAGGCCCAGGCCAUCAUGAACUUCGUGGUGCGGUACCGUCCAGAUGAACAGCCGUCUCUCAGACCGCACCACGACUCGUCCACCUUCACCAUCAACAUCGCACUCAACAACAAAGGACGGGACUACGAGGGUGGUGGUUGUCGGUUUCUUCGUUAUGACUGUAGGGUGGAGUCUCCUCGUAAAGGCUGGUCUUUCAUGCACCCGGGUCGCCUGACCCACUACCACGAGGGUCUGCCCACCACCAGGGGGACCCGCUACAUCAUGGUGUCCUUCGUGGACCCCUGAACGCACCACAGACCACCUGGACCCAUCUGGACUGAGCGCAUGUCAAAGUGUGUGUGUGUGUGUGUGUGUGUGUGUGUGUGUGUGUGUGUGUGUGAGUGCACGUGUGUGUGUGGGGCCUGACCAGCGAGGCCCCGCCCCCUCCUCCAGGUGGGACGGACAGAUUCACCUGAUGUCAGUGAAUGCAUCGUGGUCUCUUUUUUUACAGAGGACCCUGAAAGCCCCUUCACAGACCUGGUGUCAGAGUGGGACAUGGGAGUGUUUUCAUCCAAUCACCUUCAUUAGUCCGAAAUCAGCUGUAGGUCAAAGGUCAGAUGCUGUGUUCAGGACAGCUGGGAAUUUAGACAACUCUUGUAACAUUGACUCUUUUGUAGGAGUUUUUUUUUUUUUUAAUCCUGAUUUUUAACGUUUGUGUUUGUGUCGAACUCGGAGGCGUUUCUUCUCCUGGUUCCGACGUUUCAGACUCUGUUUCUCUUCAUGGUCACAUGACGUUUCAGGUCCGAGCAUGCGUUAAACCGAGCUGCCUUAUUUUCAUGAACGUGUCGUAUCUAUGCAACAGACGCUCUGGAUGAUUUCGACCAAUCACAUCGUCUUCGGAGCCUCGUCGAUCAUAUUUGACACAAAAGGAAAUCACUGUAAUCUGAGUCUAUUUUAAUGAUGCGUUUGUGUUUGUGUUGUUUGUGGGAUUUUUCACUAACGGCCUUAGACUGGUGUGUGUUUGUGUUUAGUUUCAGGUUGUUUUUUUUUUCAUCCUUCAGUUUAAUUUAAACGCGUUGGAACUCCACGCUGCCUCUGGUCUUCCUUUUCUACGUCGUCUUCUCGGGCUUUGUACAAACUGCAUUAAAUUAUUUGGUGAAUAAAGUUUGAACAUGU